UAAUGAAAUGACAAGUGAAUCAAAUAGUAUACCCGAUGGUAUAAUUAAUGGAGGUAUAAAUACAGUAGUUACAACUGUUGCAAAUGGAGAUUGGGUAACAGUUAGAAAACGAGGUAGCAAACGAAGAGGAGCAUCGCGAGGUCGCGGAGGAAAUCGUGGUGGACGAAGG